AUUAAAACUGGUUGCUGUUUUAGAUUAGCUUGUGAUGAUGGUAGAGUCUGCUACCCUUUACAGGAAGCAUUAGGCUAUUUUUUCUGUCUAGAGGAUCGGGCACUGUUCUGCAGAAAAUGUGAUUUGGCAAUACAUACAGCAAAUGCUUAUGUCUCUGGUCAUCAGAGGUUUCUUCUCACCGGUGUAAGAGUAGGCCUUGAAGCUACAGAGCCUGGUGCAUCCUCAUCGUCUUUGAAGACAGAUUCUGGGGAGAAAAUUUCUGAUACAAAGUCGUCUUCUAUCUCUAGAAAGGUUUCCACAGAACCUCAGAACUCAGAUUACAAUGAAUUGUUACCUAUCGAAGGUGGAGGAGUUGGGGGGUUUCCACCAGCUAAGGAGUCUUUUGGUGGUGGUUCUACCGUUGGAAAUAUCUCACAGUGGACAAUAGAUGAAUUUAUUGGCCUAAACGAGUUCAGUCAGAAUUAUGAUUACAUGGAAGGAUCAACAAGGGCUGACAGUGGUAAGUUAGGGGAUUCUGAUUCUCCGGAGGAAAUGAAGGAGGAGGAGGAGUAUUUGGAACAUGUUCCAGAUUCUUCAUGGACAGUUCCACAGAUCCCUUCACCACCAACAGCUUCUGGGUUACACUGGCCAAAACACCUUCAGUAUUCAUCUGAUAGUCUUCUGUUUGUUCCAGACAUAAGCUUUUCUCACAUGCAACACUCUCAUAAGAUCAGCAGUACUUUUUCUAGACGCCGGAGGCACCUUGAAUAAUUGUUUACUCUUUGCCAAUAACUUAGAGACAUUGAUUCCAUUGUUUUCUGGUAUGAUUCUAAGUUCUCACACGUUGCACUGAAGCUUCAUUUCAUCAGCUACGUACAUGUUUCUAUUCUUGGCUGUCUCAGUUUCUUCUAGGGACUAGGGAGUAAUCUCUAACUCCCUGCAUGUCAUUGGAAGGCUUUCUACUAUUGAGUUUGCUAUUUGUAACAUUCUCAUUUCAGCUCCAGUCUUAUACAGAUGCACUAUUGGAUUAUUAGAGAGAUCUGAUUCAAUAUUGAUUUGUUGUGACAAAAGUUUUCUCCUUCA